UUGUGACGUCACAUUUAAAAAAUGGCGGACCUACAUGAGGCACGUAAGCUGAAAGGAAAAGAUAUAAACGAACUCACAUCGAAAGAGACAGGUAACGGAAUUUUACAAGAGACGGAAUUAAACAAUCUUUCUAGAGGAAUGAAUACUGCUCCUUCAACAUCGCGAUUUCUAGUGGCUAGAGUUAACGACGAUGAAAAUGAAGAGACUGAUCAGCCGCCAGUUUCUGAAUCUGAAUCCGAACCAGCGCCCGGGAAACCGGCAAAACAACUCGACUUUCAAAUCCUGGAUUCACCCAAGUCUCCCAAAUCUCCAUAUGAUUCAGUACAUUUUUUCGGAGGAACUGUGAGUCCCAAUGACACAUAUGGAUAUAAUAAUUCAUGUGAAACUCAUAUGAAAACAUUUGGAAAAAAUACAGUGGAGGCUAUUCCUCAUGUUGAUCAUUACAGAAACUUGCUUUCAGCAACAGCAGCAUUGAAGUCGAGGCCAACUCUUGCCGAACUCCACGAAGAAAAGGAGGAGGAGGUGAUUCGGGCCAAACAGAGAGAACCACUUUUGGCAUCAGAAGAGAACUUGGUGGAAGAGUCUGCCGCUAAUAAAGCCACCGCAGUCAAGUUUGGAUGGAUCAAGGGAGUAUUGGUACGAUGUUUGCUGAAUAUAUGGGGUGUGAUGCUGUUUAUGCGCCUGUCCUGGGUGGUGGGGCAGGCUGGGAUAGGUCUCGCCACCGUCAUUAUUCUCCUUGCUACUGUCGUCACUCUGCUCACAUUGAUAUCUAUGUCUGCCAUCUGUACAAACGGAGAAGUCAAGGGAGGAGGAGCAUAUUACAUGAUUUCUCGAAGUCUGGGUCCAGAGUUCGGCGGUGCUAUUGGCCUCAUAUUCUCUGUCGCCAAUGCUGUUGCAGUGUCCAUGUAUGUCGUUGGUUUUGCAGAAACGGUCAGAGAUCUACUAAAGGCUAAUGAUGCUCUAAUGGUGGAUGAAACUAAUGACAUUCGAAUCAUUGGUGUUCUGACAGCCACACUGUUAUUAGGGAUCGCCAUCAUUGGCAUGGAAUGGGAGGCAAGGGCUCAAGUUGUGUUACUGGGUGCUCUGUUAAUUGCCAUAUUUAACUUUUUAAUUGGAACCUUUAUUCCUCCAAGUCAAGAGAAAGUCUUAAAGGGAAUCACAGGUUAUCAAGGGACUGUCUUUCUGGAGAACCUAGGUCCCAAGUUCACCGAAGGAGAAAACUUUUUCUCUACAUUUGCAAUAUUUUUCCCUGCAGCUACUGGGAUAUUAGCUGGUGCAAACAUCUCAGGGGAUCUCAAAAAUGCACAAAGAGACAUUCCAAGAGGGACGUUCCUGGCUGUUGUUAUAUCCUCCAUUACUUACAUUGCCUGUGCCUGGCUGAUGGGAUCCUGUAUACUGCGGGAGGCUUCAGGAUUUGAACCAGUACAUGUGACAGCCCUGAUGUAUAACAGUACUCAGAAUAUGACAGUAGACAUUGUGAACAUAACACUAGAUGUCGUGAACUUGACCAGUGGGGUGGGGGUCAGUGUGAUUGAUCAGGCCAGGAACUGCAGUCUUGGGAAGGGUGGGGUCUGUACCAGAGGACUGCUGCAUGACUUCCAAGCUAUGGAGCUGGUUUCUGCCUGGGGCCCCCUACUCACCGUAGGAAUUUUCUCUGCCACUCUAUCCUCUGCCCUCGCUAGUUUAGUUUCUGCCCCCAAAGUCUUCCAAGCUGUAUGUAAAGAUAGAAUUUUCCCUAAGAUACAUAUCUUUGCCAAAGGUUAUGGUGCUAGUGAGAACCCUAGGCGAGCCUACUUUCUAGCUUAUUUUAUUGGAGUGGCAUUUAUAUGUAUAGGUGAUCUGAAUGCCAUAGCUCCAAUCAUCUCUAACUUCUUCUUGAUGUCAUAUGCUCUAAUCAACUACUCGUGUUUUGAUGCCUCGCUUGCCAAUUCCCCAGGUUGGCGUCCAGCUUUCCGUUAUUAUUCCAUGUGGUUGAGUUUAGUUGGUGCCUUACUCUGUAUAGCUGUGAUGUUUAUUAUGAACUGGUGGACCGCCCUCAUUACAUUCGUUAUUGUUUGUGCUCUUUUUGUUUAUGUCCAUUAUUCAAAACCAGAUGUAAACUGGGGAUCCUCCACCCAGGCCCAUGUUUAUAAGAAUGCUCUAAACACAACACUCAAGCUCAUCUCUGUGGAGGACCAUAUCAAAAACUUCAGACCUCAAGUGCUGGUGUUGACAGGUGCCCCGUGGACCCGGCCAGAGUUAGUGGACUUUGUUUAUUCUCUGACACACAAGAUCAGUCUGAUGGUCUGUGGCAAUAUCAUCGUGGGCACCCAGACCGAUAACCUUAGACAUCUCCAUGGCAGUCGUCCCAAGGAGGCCUAUCGCUGGUUAAAUCAGAGAAGGGUCAAGGCCUUCUACACUUUGAAUAAACAAGCAUUAAGGUCAGUCAGACUCUCUGUAUACCCUGUAUCCAAUAAUGUAGGUAUUGGUAAGCUGCGGCCUAACAUUCUGAUGAUGGGCUUCAUGUCUCGCUGGAAUGACCCUGAUGUUGACCAGUGUGAAGUGGAGGAGUACGUCAACAUUGUUCAUGAUGCCUUUGACCUGGAGUAUGGAGUGGGAAUUCUGCGAUUGAAGGAGAGAUUGUCGUGUGAGACGGACCCUAAUGAGAGCGAACCGAUCGAGGACUCGGUGCAUCAUGAAGGAGACCCGGACGAUCGACAUCCAAAAGUUAGGUUCAAAUUGACAAGAAAGCAUGAUGAGGAGGAUAAGCGACCUAGUUCCCCCAGCAGUCCCACCAUGCUGCGCCGCGGAAGCUCCAGCUCCGGUGACAGUGAGGCAGAAGAGAAGGACGUGGUUGUAGAUAUGCCAGCGGAGGUCAAACCCAAUAACUUCAAACAGAAUAUCAGAAACCGCUUCGCCAAAAAACAGAAAAAAGGAACCAUUGAUGUCUGGUGGCUCUUUGAUGAUGGAGGGUUGACCCUUUUACUGCCUUAUAUCCUGUCCACAAAGCAGUACUGGAGAAGCUGUCCACUGAGAGUGUUUGCUGCAGGAACCAAGAGAGGAGAAAUCGACAGGGAACAGAGACAAAUGGCGACCUUGCUGAGUCGAUUCAGAAUCCAGUGUGAGAAGAUGACGAUUUUGUCAGACAUUGGAAGAUCUCCGUCAGAGGAGAGCAUGAAGAAUUUUGAGAAGUUACUGGAGGGUUGGAUGUUGGAUGAGGAUAAUGGGGAAACUUCAGAAAAAUACCCCUGGAAAAUCACAGAGGAGCAGAAACUGUUCUUAAAGGAUAAGACCAAGAGAAAUGUCCGUUUGAGAGAGUUGUUGUUGGAACAUUCUAAAGAUGCAGCACUUAUUGUUAUGACAUUGCCCGUGCCAAGGAAGAGUACGUGUCCAGCUGGUUUGUACAUGGCCUGGAUAGAGACACUGACCAAAGAUAUGCCCCCCAUCUUACUCCUGCGAGGGAACCAGUCCAGUGUUCUCACGUUCUACUCCUAACCUCUGGGACCAGUUCCUGACCCGGUCGACCUUAAAGUCACAGAGAGUAGAUAACCUAUGUCUUAUUUGUGCAUAAUAGUAUAAGCUGCUAUAUUCCAUUUAAUUAUGAUGCUCAGGUUGAAUUUCAAUGUUUAUUUGUUAUUUUGGAGGAAUGGUUUUAUUUUAAGGUCACCUGAGUCACACAAAUGACCUAUUGCUAUCUGUCUUUGUCUGCUGUUGUCCAUCGUGUGUGAACAUUUCAUUGCUGACCUUAAACUCUGGAAACCAAUUUUGAUAUAAAAAUAAGUAUUGUAUCUGGGUUUAGGAGGAAAACAUCCUCACUUCAUUUACCCUAACAUUAAAUUUAGUUUCAUUAUGAGAAAUAAGCUCGUUUCUGUAGAAUAUGAAAUAAAAUAAGCUCUUUUCUGUAGAGUUAUGAAAUACAAUUUAUAUUACAGUUAAGAAAAGGGUUCACGAUAUGGUUAAGGAAAUUUGGUCAUCUUUUUUGAAAAAUAUUUCUUAAUAUAUUUUUUUCUCUGGAACUUUCCUUUUCUCCUGGACUUCUGGGUUAACUUUGAUAACAGUGAGCAAUAAGCUAUAGCUUAAGCAGGUUUUGUGAAUUUAAGACCCAGGGUAGGGACUGCUUAACAUUGAUGCUUGUGGACAUCAUACUUGUAAAAUCACAUUACAGGUGUUUAAGACUUUUUCUUUAGUUUAACAAACAAUUUUGAAAUAGUAGUAAAGAUAGAGUUCUUUUCUUAGCUUUGCUUAAAAAUACAGAUAUUGAUUUAUAACAGAAAUUGCUAUUUUUGACCCUAAACGCUAACCAAAGCAACCUGAAGAAUGUUCAAGACACACAGUUAGCCAAUUUCAUUAAGGGUAGAACUACUUUGAUACUCAGGUGACCUUCUAUACCCAUCUAGAGCCUCUUGUUGAAUCAUAUGUGAGCUUUAGUGUGUGUUAUUUGUAUAUAAAUGUUAUGUGUAUAUGAUAUUUGAUGGAGUUCCCAUUGCCAGCAAAAGGUUGUGAUACGAUUUUCAACUGCCAUAUGCAUUAUAUUCAUGAGCUCAUCUUAGACAUUAAACAAUUCAAGUAAUAAACAGGCACAAGAAGAGUUGGUUCAUUACAGGACAUGAGUUUCCUACAUGUAGAACUGUGAUUAUUACAUGCAAUUUAAUACAUGUAUUUACCCUCAAUAACUGCAUUACAUUUUAUGCUAAAAAUUUGCUGUACAAUUUUAUUUGUUAAAGUUUUGACAAAAGGCAUUUCAAGUUUUUUUUUAUCAAGAUAUUAUGGAAUCUCAGUGAAUUCAGAUUCUAGUUGCUUUAUUGAAUAGCUGUAUUGUGAUGAACUCCUCCUAAAUUGAGUUUUCCUUACCAAUGAUAAAUUUUUUUUCUCAAUUUUGUUUCAACUAUUGUUUUGGUACGUAUUUGUCUCAUAUGUGUGAAUUUUCAGUUUGUUGACAAAUAUGUCUCAUUUAAUAUUGGGAUUUUUCAGUAGCUACAAAUUGCACAUACAUGUGAAGAAUUUGAUUGAUAAUUUUUGUAUUUGUACAUAAGAGUAUUUUGAUUUACUUAGGGAUUGUUAUAGUUUAUUGUUAAAAGUUGAGCUUUUAUGAACUGUCUCACACAUGUUCAGAAUGACUUGCUAUUUAUAAAAUGAGCUACGAUUUUGUCGUUGUUAAAACUGGUGAUGGGGAAUUGCUGAUUCUAUGAAAUCAUAUGUUUGAUUGUCAGGGGGACAUCAUUUGUUUGCCAACACACAGAGAGUGUCAAUUAAAAAAGUAAUUAAUUCAGAGACUCUGAACAAGACAAAUUCAAGUAAGCAAAAUUUGAUUGACAUCAAUUUAAUUUGGCAGAAGCAGUGCAAUACUACCUGGUGUUCAAUGUGGUUGUCAUAAAUGUAAUAAUAAAAAAAGUUUAAGGACAAAAAAAAAAUAACGUAGGGACAGUGGCAUUUAUGAAAGGCAUUAAAGGUGCGUAUUUAUUUAUUGUUUUUUAAGUGUAUAAUUUCUUUCUUGUAUAACGUUUUAUUUGAAAAAAACAAAAAUACUGUUAAAGAUCAAAGUCUUAUCAAGAGAAAGAUGAGGUACGAAAGCUUUAAAUACUAAACAUGUUAGAUAAAUACAUGUAAUAAAGUUUUUGACGUGAUAGUUUAAGUGUACUUUUGAAUGUUAUCAAGUUAAUAUACAAACAAGUUCAAAACUUUUUUUAAGCUUUCUCAGUACAGUGUUCAAUGUGUAGGUUUAAUAUGGACAACAAUUCAACAGGUUUGCAUAACUUUAAUUUAAAAUACAUUUACUGCUGUAUCUAUUUUUAAAAAUGGUUAUUUAGUUAUAAUUCAAAACAAAAAACAAAAACAGAAGAGUAAUGAACCUGGUAGACCUUUUUUUUAAAUCUGCAAAACAUCUCGUGGCAUGGCAUUUAUUUUAUCACAAAUAUGAUAUUAAAAAAGAUAACUAUUUAUUUAAAAAAAAAAAUGUUAUGUCCUUAUUAAGUAUGAUACAGAACUUCUUUCAUUUAUCACCUUGUAAUAAUGGUAUGAUGAGUUAACAUAUAUAUACAUGUAUUGUUUAUUUAUAUGUUUAAUUUUGUAUUAUUGGCCAAUGUUUUUGAUUGUCUCAUGUCUUCAAAUUAAAAAGACGAUUGCAAUGUGAAUAAUUUAAAUUGGUGCCAAAAAGGGGAUUUUUUCUUUUCUUUAUGCAGUAAGUUAUGUCUGAUCUUAGAAAAUGUUACGUUUGUAAUUAUUUAUGUGGAAGCAUCUGUAUAAAAAUUUUAUACUAUUUUGUACUUAAAAACCCAAAUGUUAAGAUUUCUUUAAAGUCACAUAAUGUCUCUAUAUAAAUGUUUUUUUUUUUUUUUACAUUUUCUUUUAUUUUUACCUCUUAGUGUUAAAGAUGACAAGUUAAAUAAAAACCCACAAUGAGCUCUAAAUAGCACACUUAGCUCAAAUUAGCAAAAAAGAACAAAGUUAAAAAAAAUUCUAUAUCUACUCAGAGCUCUAUAAACCAAGGGAAAUAAAUUCUACACCUGUCCUCGGGUAUAAAAGGCAAUGGAGAACAAGCAAAACUUUCUAAAUUCUGAGCUCUAACUAGCUUAGGGGGAUGAACAAAAUUAUAUACUUACCUUAAUAUUCAUAUCUCAAAGGUAGUACAUGUAUAAACCCAAUUUUUUCAAUCUGUUACAUGUGUAAAUAAAUGAUCUGCUGUAUUUAAAAACUAGAGCAAAAGUGAUUUUUAAAAUUCAUAUUAAGGAUAAUUAUGCAACAAUGAUUUGUUUUGCUUGAGAUUAAUAUUAUCUGAUUCAAGUUACACACAUUCCAUAAUUUUGUAUAAAAAUGACAUUUAUUUUUUGAGGAAUUUCAAACUUUUGUUCAAAUGCAUAAUAAUGGUUAUAUUUGAUACUUGCACAUACCAUAUGGUAGUAUAAGACACACCUCUUCAGUUAAGUACUAGAUCAUAUUAAUUUUUUAACGAAUAUUUUUAAAGCCUUUUUCAGUGGAAGGACUCCUUUGUUAAAAUGUAUCAAUAUCAUUGUUUGUGUUCUUUUAUGUUGCAAUAUUAAGACCUGCAAUUGUGUAUUUUUUAGCACUCUGAAGAAAACAUGUGUUCAUUUAUUAAAAGAAUCUCACAAAUAAUUGUUAAGAAUCUCAAUAAGCGUAUAAUUUAUAAAUUUGGUAAAUAAAAUGUAUAAACUUGUU